AUGGCAGGACAGACACCUCCUUCAGACUGUUAUCAUCUCAUUGACCACAGCCACAUCCCUGAGUUUGAGGUGUCUCCUUGGAUCAAGAUCACUUUGGCCUCAGCGUAUGUCUGCAUCUUUGUUGCGGGCAUCUUGGGCAACAGCAUCACCAUCAAGGCCACCAGGAUCCUGCAAAAGAAAGGCUACCUGCAGAAGGAGGUCACAGACCACAUGGUGAGCCUGGCCUGCUCUGACCUGCUGGUCAUCCUGCUGGGCAUGCCUACGGAGUUCUUCAGUGCCAUCUGGAGCCCCUUUUCAACCCCCAGCGGCAACAUUGCUUGCAAGCUCUACUACUUCCUCUUUGAAGCCUGCAGUUAUGCCACUGUGCUGCAUGUCGCCACCCUCAGCUUUGAGAGGUACGUGGCCAUCUGCCACCCCUUCAAGUUCAAGGCUGUCUCUGGGCCCCGCACGGUGAAGCUGCUCAUCGCCUUUGUCUGGGGGACAUCUGUCAUAGUGGCUCUGCCCCUGCUCUUUGCCAUGGGCACAGAAUAUCCCCUGGAAACCAUCGAGGGAUACCAAGGUAUGACUGCCUGCGUCAAGCCUACAUCCAGGCACUACCUUCCUGAGCUGAAGCACAAUAUGACCAUCUGUACCAGCCUCUCCUCCAAGUGGUCUGUCUUUCAGGCCAGCAUCUUCAGCGCCUUUGCUGUGUAUAUCAUAGUGCUGGGAUCUGUCACCUUCAUGUGCCGCAGCAUGAUGAAAACCCUGAUGAUCCACAAGGAAGGAACUGUGGCAGUGAAGGGUGGACUAAGACACCAGGAGCAGUACCUAAGAAAAAGUGAGAGCUCAGAGGGCAAGAGCUCCAGGAGACAGAUCAUUUUAUUCCUGGGACUGAUUGUUGCAACUCUGGCAAUAUGCUGGAUGCCAAACCAGGUUAGAAGGAUCAUGGCUGCUGCUAAACCAAAGCAGGACUGGACUGUCCCCUACUUCAGAGCGUACAUCACUCUUCUUCCCAUCGCCAAUACCUUCUUCUACCUCAGCUCGGUGGUGAACCCCCUCCUGUACAACAUCUCUUCUCAGCAGUUCCGCAGCGUGUUUCUGCAGGUCCUCCGCUGCCACCUGACAAUUGAGCAUGCCAACAAGGAGAAGUUUCUCAGAGCCAACCUGAGCUCCAGAGAAAGGAGCACCCGGUCUCUACGCCCGCUGCUCUUCAUUUCGUCUAGGCGCAAUUCUUCUACAAGGGGCAAUAACAGAGUUUUCUUAAGUACUUUUCAGAAUGAGACCAAGCCUGACUGCAGUCCACAGAAACCAGGUCUUGAACCAUCGGAGCCCAGCUUGGAAGUAAUGCUGCUAGAGACUAGCUCAGAGCCCAGUCCAGGAGCACAAAACGGCCUUUGUGAACAUCGAGUAUGA